CGUCACUGCUGCUCUCCUAUUCCCAGCGCAGGACAACAACCGACCAACCGACUGAGGAGACCGAAAACUUUUGACAAACUCCGCCGAAAAGCCGCUCGAAAGUUUAUUAAAGUUUCCCUCCGUUAUGCGGGGGUGUGUUUAGAGCCGAGCGGCCGUGCGGCAGAUGUGGACCGGCUGUUAGUGCUGGAUGGAGUCGGGCUUCGGGGUCCAACGGAGGGCCGGUGGAGGCUCUCCCGCUGUGGGAGCGUCGCAGCGCCGCAGGAAGAUUCCGCCCAAAGCCGCUGAUUAUAAACUGCAGGUGAUCAUAAUCGGCUCCAGAGGUGUCGGGAAAACCAGCCUGAUGGAGAGAUUCACGGAUGACACUUUCUGCGAGGCGUGCAAGUCCACUGUGGGUGUGGAUUUUAAAAUCAAGACAGUGGAGCUGAGAGGAAAGAAGAUCAGGUUGCAGAUCUGGGACACGGCAGGUCAGGAGCGGUUUAACAGCAUCACUUCAGCAUAUUACCGCGGUGCCAAAGGCAUUGUUUUGGUUUAUGACAUCACCAAGCAGGAAACCUUUGAAGACCUGCCUAAAUGGAUGAAGAUGAUAGACAAGUAUGCGUCAGAGGAUGCUGAACUCCUAUUGGUUGGGAACAAACUGGACUGCGAGUCUGAUCGCGCCAUCUCACGACAACAAGCUGAGAGGUUUGCUUCACGGAUAUCAGGGAUGCGUUUCUGUGAGGCCAGUGCCAAGGAUAACUUUAACGUGGAUGAGAUAUUCCUUAAACUAGUUGAUGACAUUUUGAGUAAGAUGCCUCUUGAGGUCCCCAGUAAGGAGCUUUCCAACAGCGUUCUGUCCCUUCAACCCGAACCCGAAAUCCCACCAGAGCUGCCUCCACCACGCAUGCGCUGCUGUUGAUGCUCGCUUCAUGCUUAAUUAUUUUAUAAAACCCAACACAUGCAGUUACAGACUCCUGCCACCAGGGGCUCGAGACUGCAGCCCAUGAUGAAAUCUAGGGGGAAAAAAAACAACACUCAGUAUUGCAUUGAAUGCUCCAACAAAUGAUCCACUCUACAGUCUAACAUGAGACAUAUUUUGGUACUUUUAGAGGCCAAUAAAGGACAUCCGUAUCUUCA